AUGGUUCAGUUGGAUAUCUUAGAUUCUAGACGCGUCUUGGCCUAUAUGGGAGUUCAGUCUUCUUUGCUUGAUAGGAUCUGUGGUUGUCAGUAUGAGGAUGAGACCUUGGUGGCCCUUAGAGAUCGAGUGUUAGCGGGUGAUGGUGGUCAGGCUACCUUAGAUCCUGCUGGAGUAUUGAAAUUCGCCGGCCGCAUCUGUGUUCCGAGAGUUGGAGAUUUGAUACAGUUGAUACUUUCUAAGGCCCAUGUAAAGGCCGAGCAUUUGAGGCCUGGUGGUGAGUUUCAGAGAUUAUCCAUUUCAGAGUGGGAGUGGGAUCGCAUUACUAUGGAUUUUGUGGCUGGACUACCGUGGACUUCUAGAGGUGUUGAUAGCAUUUGGGUCAUCGUUGAUCAAUUGAGUAAGUCAACACAUUUCCUUCCUGUUCAGUCUUCAUUUAGCACCGAGAUAUUGGCUCGUAUCUACAUUCGAUAG